CCCAUCUGCCAUUUUGGUUUUGUUCCCGUCUGCAGUCGCAAAGCCAGCAACGCAAUUACAUAGGAGAGACUCUCAGCACAACGACAUAGUGACUCGACAAUAUAGUGCAGACUAUAUUAAAUCCCGCAUCGCGUUUCUCCCCCUCGUACUAAUCGUCGAAAUCAUCGUUAUUACUGACAUCUAGACACUGCUGGAGAGGAGCGGGUUCGCAUUGGGAAGGGCCCGAGAAGGAUUAUUGAUGUCCAGCUCGCCGCUGUCCAAGAAGCGUCGCGUGUCAGGAACAGAGACGAAGACGGGAUCCCACUGCUCCUCCUCUAACUCUGUCAGAACUGAUCUGUCCCACACACCUGCCAACGGCAUGGCUAAGAAUGGCAAUGAUGCUGAGAUCGAUGAAGGCCUGUACUCCAGACAACUUUAUGUGUUGGGCCAUGACGCCAUGAAGCGCAUGCAGAACUCCAAUGUCCUAAUCUCUGGUAUGAGAGGUCUUGGAGUGGAGAUUGCCAAGAAUGUCAUCCUUGGAGGAGUUAGAAGUGUCACUGUGCAUGACCAAGGAGUUGCAGAAUGGAGAGACCUUUCCUCUCAGUUUUACCUUCGGGAGGAGGAUCUGGGGAAGAACAGGGCAGAUGUCAGUCAGCACCGUUUGGCUGAACUCAACAACUACGUUCCUGUGACAGCCUACACCGGAGCACUGACCGAAGACUACGUGACCAAGUUCCAGGUGGUCGUGCUGACUAACUCCACUCUGGAAGAGCAACAGCAUGUGGGCGAGUUCUGCCACAGCAAGGGAAUCAAGCUGAUUAUCGCAGACACACGCGGUCUGUUCGGCCAGCUUUUCUGUGACUUUGGUGAGGAGAUGAUAGUCCAUGACACCAAUGGAGAGCAGCCACUGAGUGCCAUGAUUUCCAUGAUCACCAAGGACAAUCCAGGUGUUGUGACAUGUCUGGACGAGGCUCGUCAUGGCUUUGAGAGCGGAGACUAUGUCACUUUCACAGAAGUCCAGGGUAUGACAGAGCUCAAUGGCUGCCAGCCUGUGGAAAUCAAAGUUCUAGGUCCAUACACCUUCAGCAUCUGUGACACAGCUGGCUUCACAGAUUAUGUAAGAGGAGGAAUUGUCUCCCAGGUCAAGAUGCCCAAGAAGAUCGCUUUCAAAUCCCUCUCUUCCUCCAUGGCUGAGCCAGAGUUCAUGAUGACAGACUUUGCCAAGUUCGAGCGUCCAGGACAGCUGCAUGUGGGCUUCCAGGCUAUCCACGCCUUCCAGAAGAAACACAACCACCUUCCUGCACCUUGGAGCCAGGCUGAUGGUGAGGAGCUGUUGACAUUGGCCAAGGAGGUGAACUCUGCCCAGACAGGAGCAGCUAAAGUGGAGCAGUUGGAUGAAGCUCUUAUUAAAAAGCUGUCAUACCUUGCUGCUGGUGACCUGGCCCCUGUCAAUGCCUUCAUUGGAGGUCUGGCUGCACAAGAAGUAAUGAAGGCAUGCACAGGAAAAUUUAUGCCCAUAAUGCAGUGGCUGUACUUUGAUGCCUUGGAGUGCCUGGCUGAAGAGGAUGGAGUCACUCUCACAGAAGAAGAGUGUGCCCCUAGGAACAGUCGAUACGAUGGGCAGAUUGCAGUGUUUGGCACCAAACUGCAGGAUAUGCUUGCCAAACAGCGCUACUUCCUGGUUGGAGCCGGUGCCAUUGGCUGUGAGCUCAUGAAAAAUUUUGCCAUGAUUGGACUGGCUUGCGGGGAGGGUGAGGUCAUUGUGACAGACAUGGAUACCAUAGAGAAGUCCAACCUCAACAGACAGUUCCUCUUCAGACCAUCAGAUGUCACGAAAAUGAAGAGUGACACAGCUGCUGCAGCAGUGAAGCAGAUGAACCCAUCCAUCAGGAUCACAGGUCACCAGAACAGGGUCGGCCCUGACACAGAGAGGAUCUACGACGAUGACUUCUUUGAAAGCCUUGAUGGAGUGGCCAAUGCACUGGACAAUGUUGAUGCACGUAUGUACAUGGAUCGGAGGUGUGUGUACUACCGUAAACCCCUACUGGAAUCUGGUACUCUUGGUACCAAAGGCAAUGUCCAGGUCGUGAUCCCCUUCCUCACAGAGUCCUACAGCUCCAGCCAAGACCCACCUGAGAAGUCCAUCCCCAUCUGUACCCUCAAGAACUUCCCAAAUGCCAUUGAACACACACUGCAGUGGGCCCGUGAUGAGUUUGAGGGACUUUUCAAACAGCCACCAGAGAACGCCAUGCAGUACCUCUCAGAUCCUAAGUUCAUGGAGCGUACUCUGAAACUUCCCGGAGCUCAGCCCGUGGAGGUGCUGGAGGCUGUUUACAAGAGUCUCGUCACAGACUGCCCCCACAGCUGGGCCGACUGUGUAGCCUGGGCACGCAACCACUGGCAGUGCCAAUACAGCAACAACAUUCGCCAGCUCCUGCACAACUUCCCCCCAGAUCAGCUCACUAGCUCUGGUGCCCCCUUCUGGUCUGGCCCAAAGAGAUGUCCUCACCCCCUAGAAUUCAGUACUAGCAAUGACCUGCACAUGGACUAUAUAAUGGCAGGAGCCAACCUGUUUGCCCAGACAUACGGCUUGCCAGGCAGCACUGAUCGUGCAGGUGUGGUCAAGCUCUUGCAGGAGAUCAAGGUGCCACCCUUUACCCCACGUUCAGGGGUCAAAAUCCAUGUCUCUGAUCAGGAGCUGCAGAAUAGCAAUUCCUCUGUUGAUGACUCCAGAUUGGAAGAGCUGAAGGUCCAGCUGCCUUCUCCUGAGACCUCCCAGUUCAAACUCUGCGCCAUUGACUUUGAGAAGGAUGAUGACACCAACUUCCACAUGGACUUCAUUGUGGCAGCAUCCAAUCUGAGAGCAGAGAACUAUGACAUUCCCCCUACUGACAGGCACAAGAGCAAACUGAUAGCUGGCAAAAUCAUCCCUGCCAUCGCCACCACCACAGCUGCAGUGGUGGGUCUGGUUUGCCUGGAGCUCAUCAAGAUUGUCCAAGGACACAAAAAACUGGAGUCAUACAAGAACGGCUUCAUGAACUUGGCCCUGCCUUUCUUUGCCUUCUCUGAGCCCAUCGCCGCUCCCAGACACAAGUACUAUGAAAUUGAAUGGACGUUGUGGGAUCGCUUUGAGGUCACAGGGAUGCAGCCCAAUGGGGAGGAGAUGACACUCCGACAGUUCCUGGACUACUUUAAAAAUGAGCAUAAGUUGGAGAUCACCAUGCUUUCUCAGGGAGUGUCCAUGCUCUAUUCCUUCUUCAUGCCUGCUGCCAAACUCAAAGAGAGACUGGACCUGCCGAUGACAGAGAUUGUGACUAAAGUGUCUAAAAAGAAGCUGGGCAAGCACGUGAAAGCCCUGGUGUUUGAGCUAUGCUGUAACGACCUGUCAGACGAAGACGUGGAAGUGCCCUAUGUCAGAUACACCAUCCGCUGAGCUCCACACUGAACCCACCCACAGGAGGGUGGGGGUUGAGGGAUGGGGGGGUGGGGAGG